CCCACAGUGACGGACCUCACUACAUGCAGUAACAGCCUGCUUCCAGUAGGUACUCUCGGUACUUCACCUAUUGAGACUCUGGGCGGAAGGCCUUCUGCCAACAGCAACUAUAAAGUGAGAGAGACGUAAAUUCAGUCAGAUUGACUUUGCCAGCACAAGACAAGGGGGUUGACAAGGUCAUUUCGCCGGGCAGUCGCAACCUUCCACCUGAUGUCAUUGCCUGUGUGUAUCACUCCGUUCGGUGAAGGAGUUGUUGAUAGUGUUUGAACCUUACCAAAAUAAGAAGGGCUAUAUGGCGACUGAAGGGGACACUGCAGGGGAACUGCGACCCGGGGACGAGGGCUUUGAAGGGUUCCGGAUGAGCCUUCCCGAAGACUGCGUCGAGUACAUGCUCUUCAUCAUCCGAGAACAAGCCGACAGUCAAGUUCCAAGCCUGGAGGCCGUCCGUAGGGCAGCUGACCAAAAGUUGGACCAGCUGGCAAAGGACUACAUCUGGCAGCGCGAGCCGUUCAAGCUGGAAACGAGAAUCUUGAAGGGCCUAGGUCUGCCCUAUCUUUACGGCAUAACACACUACGGGGACAACAUCGAGGAUGAGUGGCUCAUCGUCUACCUGCUCCGCGAGUUGAGCAGGUCCUUCCCUAGUCUAUGGGUCCGCGUCUCGGACAGCGAUGGCGAAUUCCUCCUCAUCGAAGCCGCAAAGGUCGCUCCCAAGUGGCUGAGUCCUGAAAACGACGGUAACCGGGUAUGGAUCCACGACGGCAAACUACGCAUCAUCCCCCUGAACGACCCCGAUAACGGGACGGCUGGUGAGACCCCGACCUCCAAGCCGCUCUCACUACGGCAAGCCAUUGAGACGAUCAAGUCGUGUCCCAACUCACUCAUCCACUCAACCUUCAUUGAAGCCGAGGCAUUCUACCGACUCGAGAAGUACCCUGGCCAAAUUGCCAACUCCUUCCAUCGCUCCCUUGUCACCCUGCCCCGGAAACUGGCCUACAUCCUCCACGCCCGCCCUCAGUCCAUCGCCCCGGCCACCGAAGCCUUUUAUCUCCGUGACCCGCGCUCUCUCAAACCCCUGCUCUCCCCCUCGGCGGCAGCCCUAACCUUUCCCCCAGUAGACCUCGUCACCGUCAGCGUGCGCUUCACCAAGGUCCUCUACGCGCAGCUCAAAUCCCAACACUUUCCUCCGCCACCAGCCUGGCGCAGCCUUUUGCGCUCGGCCGAGGUGGAGGCAGCAGCAGCAGCAGCGAGGCCGGGCUCGGAGGCAGCGCGAAAACUCGCCCGCUUGGAGAUGGGCAUGAAACUUACGGCCGGGUUCGAGAUUCUUGCCCGGACGGCGCACGAGAGCUCCAGCAGGGUGGUGCGCGAGGUGGCGUUGCUGCUGGACGAUCUCGCCGAGGAUGGCGGAGACGCGGUGCUGCCUGGGGACGAGGAUAUCGCGCGGUGGGAGGGCGUUGAUCGGGAGGAUGACGAUUCCUGGAUGGAUAUUGACUAUCGCGAUUUCGAGAAGGAGCUGGAGGGGGGUGCUGGAGGUGGUGGCGGCGAGGGCGCAGGCUUUGGGAGUGCCAAUGCACAGGCUGAUCUGAAAAAGAUUGUUUCGAGGUUCGAGGCGUUCUUGAAUGAUGAGCAGGCUGGUAUUGAGGGGGCCGAGAUUGAUGAGAUGGAUCGGGAUGAUGAUGAAGACGGAGAGGACGUUUGGGAAGGCGAAAGUGAUGAAGAUGAGGAUGAGGACAAGGAAGUCAGCUUUGACGAGGAGCAGUUUGCUAGAAUGAUGCGGGAGAUGAUGGGGCUUCCAUCUGAGGACGCCGGCAAAGGGGGAGAAACGGCGGUUGGCCAUGCGUCUGAUGACACAGAGGAUAGAGGUGAGGAGGAGGAAAUCCGAGAGCUCAUGGAGCAGAUGGAAUCUGAGCUCAGGGAGCAUGGUGCACUGGAGCUUGACCCGCAGGCCAAGCCUUCAUCUUCAAUAAAGGAAAAGGGGGGGGGGCCCUCGGCAUUAGGGAGCGUUGAGUCGAAGGAGAAAGGUGACGAGCAGAGCGACGAUGAGGAAGUGGAUAUUGACUAUAACCUUGCUAAAAACCUGCUCGAGAGUUUCAAGAGCCAAGCGGGCAUGGCUGGUCCGGCGGGCAACCUGCUGGGUCUGAUGGGCAUGAGCCUGCCAAGGGAUGAGUCCGAUACGGACGAGGACCCUCAAUAGCUGGUAAUAGUGAAUAAAACAUGCCAUGCAUAGCCUAGCUCUGUCUUGUCAGAG